UGGUUCUUUCGACAAAACGGUUUGAGGCAGCAGAACAACGACAUUCUGAGCACAACGAGUCGCCGCCACACGGUUAAACCAUUCCACGUAUAGUUUACUUGCAGUAAUUUAUCACUUUAUUGCAAUUACAAAAAUGAAGGACAGGGGCGGCGACGGUGACGGCCCCCACAAGAAACAUGCACGGCGAGUUGGUGCGGGUUUGUCGCUUGACAAGUUCGCUUCUGCUGGUGUCAGCAAAUAUGACAAGCGAAAGAAGAUUGAGCGUCUGAAGAAACAAAAGCUCAUUCAGCACAGCAAGCUCGGCAAGCUUAAGAAAAAGCUCGCGGCACAGGGAGUGCUUGCCGGCGGAGAAGUGAAAGACUCGAUUGCUGAGCUCGAGGCUCUAGACGGCAUUGGCUCGGGCAGUGGACUGGACUCGGAGCCGGGUGAUCAUCUCAAUGAGGAACCGCACAGUGAGGAGCAGGAGCGCCAGGAGCGCGUGGCGUCCCACGCGCACGCCGGGCCCAAAUCGGCUGCCGCGCCGGGGCGGCAGGGCCAUGCGCAACACGCCCACAGGGGGCAUGAGGGCGCCGGUGCAGCAGACGAGGAGGAGGAGCAGGAGGAAGAGGAGGAGGAGAAGGAGGAGGAGGGAGAGGAAUACGGGCGCGGCCUUCGCGGGCAGCAGCAUAAGCAGAGGCAUGGCGGGCCCGCAGGCGCAGGCAACAAGCGGCUUCGAGACGAGGGCGGCGAUGAUGGGGAUGACCGCAAGCCUGUGGUCGGCGGCGGCAGUGGUCAGGGCCGUGGCUUUGGUGGCCGCGGAGGGGCUGGGCGAGGGGGCGACCGUGAUGGUGGCCGUGACGGCGGCCGCGGCGGUGGCCGUGACGGCGGCCGCGGCAGGGGCCGCGGUGGCGAGCGGCUGUCUACGCUGCAGCGGCUGGCUCAGAAGGUGUCGGAGCAGAAGGCGGAGGAGCAGCAGGCCAAGGAGGCGGCAAGGAAGGAGCGGGAGGAACGGCAGAAGCGGCUGGCGGCAGCUGAGAAAGUCCGCAAGGAGCAGAAGCACCUGCACUUCAAACGCAACGCUAAGGGUCAGCCGCUGAUGCGCUUCCGCAUGGAGAAGCUCCUGGGCCAGAUUGAGAAGGGUGGUUAAAGUGAGGCCGCGCGAGGGGUCGGGGGCAAAGGUGCAGGUGCCGAGGUGCACGUGUGUCGGUACACUUGCAUGGCGAGGGGGAGGCCUGCCGGGGGAGGCGUUUGAUUGUGGCUCGGCAGCAGUAUGGCUACGGCGGGUGAGAGAGGCUCGGGGCGCGCUGUGUAGUGGAGGGGCCCAGCAGCAGCGGUGUACGGCCUGGAGGCGGCACACAUGAGCGGAGGGGGGACGGGCAACACUGUUGGGAGCAACGCUGCCCGCAGCCUGGGCAGCCCAAGGAGCGGAGUCAGCGCGCAGCCAGACGUGAGCAUCAAGGUUUGGCAACGAGUAUCACAGGCGACUGCGGAAAGUCCGCUGCCGACAGCUGCAAACGAGUUGCCAUUGAGUACGAGUGGCGGUGACAGGUUCAGGCCGGU